GCACUGGUGCUUGCGCCACCAACGUGCCUGCAUUUCCCCUGUCAUCUUGAGGAGGCUCUUGACAGUCGGAGAGAAGCUGUCAGUCUGUCGCAAGUUUGUUUCAACAAGGAAGCGUCACCAGGAAGACAGGCAGGCAGAAAAGGAGCACUUUUUAAGGAUGACAAGCACUCUGGUUGUGUGUGAGGUGGAUGAAAGUCUGAAAACUAAACUGGAAAAGUUUAGGUUUCGAAAAGAGACCACCAAUGCUGCCAUACUGAUGAAAAUAGACAUGGAGAAACAUCUUGUCAUCCUUGACAAGGAAUGUGAGGACAUCUCACCGGAUGAUUUGAGAGAGGAACUUCCAGAGCGGCAACCCAGAUUCGUCGUCUACAGCUACAAAUACGUCCACGACGACGGGAGGGUGUCGUACCCUCUCUGUUUCAUAUUCUCCAGUCCAGCAGGAUGUAAGCCAGACCAACAGAUGAUGUACGCAGGGAGCAAGAAUGAACUGGUCAAAACUGUAGGGCUCACAAAGGUCUUUGAAACGAGAAGUGUUGAUGAGGUGACAGAAGAAUGGCUGAAGCAGCACCUGUCGUUUUUUCGCUGAACAUGCGUCCCGAAAGCUGUCAGUUUUUCUUUGUGAAACAUGCCUGUGGAUUUUUGUUUACAACUGUCGUGCAUGAUAUUUCUAUUAAAAGAUUUACUGUAUGAAA